AGGCCCUUCGGGCUUUGGGGGAACCUGGCCCAGAUCCUCGCCCAGUAGGAUGCCCCCGUGUCCUCCCCAGCAGAGCAGGAACAGGGUGACACAGCUGCCCACUGUGGAGCUGGGCGAGAUGGAACUGACUUGGCAAGAGAUCAUGUCCAUUGCUGAGCUGCAGGGUCUAAAUGCUCCAAGUGAGCCAUCCUUUGAGCUCCAAGCCCAGGCCCCAUACCCUGGACCUCCACCACCCCCAACCUACUGUCCCUGUUCAAUCCACCCAGAUCCAGGUUUUCCACUUCCUCCACCACCUUAUGAGCUCCCAGCAUCUGUGACUCAUGUUCCAGAAGACCCCCCAUACUCCUAUGGCAACAUGGCUAUUCCAGUCUCUAAGCCACUGACCCUUUCAGGCUUGCUCAGUGAGCCCCUCCCAGACCCCUUAACCCUUCUGGACAUUGGGCUGCCAGCGGGGCCACCCAAGCCCCAAGAGGACCCAGAAUCAGACUCAGGAUUAUCCCUCAACUACAGUGAUGCUGAAUCUCUUGAGCUGGAGGGGACAGAGGCUGGCCGGCGGCGGAAUGAGUGUGUAGAGAUGUAUCCAGUGGAGUACCCUUACUCACUUAUGUCCAACUCUCUGGCCCACCCUAACUAUGCCUUGCCCCCUGCUGAGACCCCCAUGGCCUUAGAGCCCUCUUCAGGCCCGGUGCGCACUAAGCCUACUGCAAGGGGCGAGGCAGGAAGUCGGGAUGAGCGUCGGGCUCUGGCCAUGAAGAUUCCCUUCCCUACAGACAAGAUUGUCAACUUGCCGGUAGAUGACUUUAAUGAGCUGUUGGCACGGUAUCCGCUGACUGAAAGCCAGCUGGCACUAGUUCGGGACAUCCGACGUCGGGGCAAGAACAAGGUGGCUGCCCAGAACUGUCGUAAGAGAAAGCUGGAAACCAUUGUGCAGUUGGAACGAGAGCUGGAACGGCUGGGCAAUGAAAGGGAGAGGCUUCUCAGGGCCCGGGGAGAGGCAGACCGUACCCUGGAGGUCAUGCGCCAACAGCUGGCAGAGCUGUACCGUGACAUUUUCCAGCACCUUCGGGAUGAAUCUGGCAACAGCUACUCCCCUGAUGAGUAUGCUCUGCAACAGGCUGCAGAUGGGACCAUCUUCCUGGUGCCCCGGGGAACCAAGAUGGAGGCCACAGAUUGAACUGGCUCAGAGAAGGGGA